AAUCUGGUCGCUCGUCUAGAUCCGCGCUGGAAAGAGAGAAAGAAAGAGAGAGAAACUAAAAGUGCGGAGAUUCUGCAAAUCGCCGGCUGCUUUGGGGUAACAAAAGGACCCGAAUUACUGCCGACUGAGCACCCCCGGGAUCCGGGCUCGGAGCCGACAAGGUGCCUGGCGGCGCCCAUCUGGGGGCUUCCAACUCUUUUCUCUACGUAGCCCCCUUCCCGUCCCCUCCCCUCUCGUUCCGUUUUAAAAUCCGUGGCACGGAGGCGCCUGCAGCCGCGCUCGCCGGCGACUCAUCUCUCCAGCGGGUUUUUUGUUUGCCGAGUGCGAUCCCCACACUCAUGAACAUACACAGGUCUACCCCCAUCACAAUAGCAAGAUAUGGGAGAUCGCGGAACAAAACCCAGGAUUUCGAAGAGUUGUCGUCUAUAAGGUCCGCCGAACCCAGCCAGAGUUUCAGCCCGAACCUCGGCUCCCCGAGCCCGCCCGAGACUCCGAACUUGUCGCAUUGCGUUUCUUGCAUCGGGAAAUACUUAUUGUUGGAACCUCUGGAGGGAGACCACGUUUUUCGUGCCGUGCAUCUGCACAGUGGGGAGGAGCUGGUGUGCAAGGUGUUCGAUAUAAGCUGCUACCAGGAGUCCCUGGCCCCGUGCUUUUGCCUGUCUGCCCACAGCAACAUCAACCAAAUCACCGAAAUCAUCCUGGGAGAGACCAAAGCCUAUGUGUUCUUUGAGCGAAGCUAUGGGGACAUGCAUUCGUUUGUCCGCACCUGUAAGAAGCUGAGGGAGGAGGAGGCAGCCAGACUGUUCUACCAGAUCGCCUCGGCCGUGGCCCACUGCCACGAUGGGGGGCUGGUGCUGCGGGAUCUAAAGCUGCGGAAAUUCAUCUUUAAGGACGAAGAAAGGACUCGGGUCAAGCUGGAAAGCCUAGAAGACGCCUACAUUCUGCGGGGAGAUGAUGACUCCCUCUCCGACAAGCACGGCUGCCCGGCUUACGUGAGCCCAGAGAUCUUGAACACCAGUGGCAGCUACUCGGGCAAAGCAGCUGACGUGUGGAGCCUGGGCGUGAUGCUCUACACCAUGUUGGUAGGGCGGUACCCUUUCCAUGACAUUGAGCCCAGUUCCCUCUUCAGCAAGAUCCGACGUGGCCAGUUCAACAUUCCAGAGACUCUGUCGCCCAAGGCCAAGUGCCUCAUACGAAGCAUCCUGCGGCGGGAGCCCUCAGAGCGGCUGACCUCGCAGGAAAUUCUGGACCAUCCUUGGUUUUCUACAGAUUUUAGCGUCUCAAAUUCAGGAUAUGGUGCUAAGGAAGGGUCAGAUCAGCUGGUGCCGGAUGUCAACAUGGAAGAGAACUUGGACCCUUUCUUUAACUGAGCUCGUGCCCCACAGAGACUUAGCAGGUACCAGGAGCGAGAGAGGGCCGCGGAGAGUCCUUCCAUGGGACACGGAUCGUCUGGCUUGGUAGCAAGAAAGACACUGACACUCAAGUUUCUCGAUUCACAGAAGGAGAACCUUCAAGGAGCUGACUGAACAUGGAGCAUGGGCGCGAGAGACGCGGGGUGGGGGUCUGGGGUCGGGUCCGCGGGGCGAGUGCCUCGGAGCUUCUCUUCCCUGACGUAGCCCCCCUGGAGAAGCCCCGGUCUGUUGGGCUGCUUCUGCCUACCCCACUUUUCAUUUGUUCCAGAAUAGUUGCAGAGCCCAACAGAAUCAAAACUCUCUGCCUCAAACACACAUCUUGGCAUCGCACUGUUAGCUUUUAACUUCUUGUCACGAUUCAGGGAAGGUACAAUGGGCCAAGGAUUUUUUUCUUUUCCUUUCUUUUUCUU